AUGACGCCGGAACUCUGGAACGAGUUUGUUGCUAAUAUGCGCCGAGAGAUUGAACGCGAGGUGCGUGACCGGAUUCUCGGCGAACUCCAGGAACGUGGACUCCUGGGCACACAGGUGCCGGCGCCAGCACCUGCUGUGGUUUCUGCACGACCGAAGGCACCCGAACCUGAACCGUUCAUCCCUGGAAAACGUCACUUACCGGUGCGACGGUGGCUUUUCCAAGUGGAGGAAUACCUCUCCCUUUGUCAUGUCAACCGGGCGGAGUGGGCUCGGCACGCCGGCAUGAUGCUGCGGGGAGCUGCUGCUACUUGGUGGCAGAGCUGCCACGCUACAAUUUCAACAUGGGAAGAAUUUUCUGCAUCGCUCCUAAUGAACUUCGAACCGGUCAACGCCAUCGAGCGCGCGCGUGACAACCUUGCUGAUUUACGCCAACACCGCUCGGUCGCUGAGUACAUCAAUCGCUUCCGCGAGCUCGUGCUUGAGAUUCCUGACAUCCCUGCUGCUGAACAGAUGGACAAAUUCAAGCGUGGGCUGAAGCCGAAAAUCCGCACCGAGGUUGAACUUCGUGGCGCUGCGACGCUGGAUGAGAUGAUUCGUGUCGCCGAGCGUUUUGACACCAUCAACUUCGCAGCGUACCAGCGAUUCCAAGGGCGAACCGGGCAGCACGCAGUAGCUGGACCUACUAUCCGCACCAACGGUCCUACUCCCAUGGAGCUCGAUCCCAACAGCAACCCACAGGACGUCAUCAUGGCAGAUGGUACUCGGCGGCGCUGCGGACCUACUCUCCUCCCCGUGCACUGCAUAUUCGGAAGUCUGGAGGCGACGGUCACGUUCGAGCAAAUGCACCUCGGCGGCUAUGAAGGCGUGCUCGGACGACCGUGGUUGUACCAGCUUGGACCGCGAAUUUAUUGGCGUAACGCAACGGUCACCGUCGGCAACUACGACCUCCCAUCCCGCUCCUACCGCCGCCCAUGGUCAUCCCCAACAACUUCAGCCUCAUCAACCCAUCCACCCCAACCUGCCCCACCUCCAGCCUCCCAUAUCCCCCCUCUUCCUCCUCCUCUCAUAGCCCCCGCGCAGCAGCCAACACCACCCGGCUCCCCCGAAGUCAUCAACACACCUCCUCCUUCCCCACCCCACCCAACCCAGCAGCCACGCCGUUACCUCUUCCGCCCUUUCUCUGAAGUUAUCAACCCACCAGCCCCCACCCCUCCUUCACCACCUCCUCCUCAUCAUCUCCUAGUCAUCUUCACGGCUCCCGAAUCUGAAGCAUCAGCUACCCCUCUGCCACCAACAAUUCAGAAUCUUCUAAACGGUUAUAAGGACGUUUUUCCCGAUGAUCUACCCGCCGAACUUCCACCCGAACGUGCUAUUGACCAUAGCAUCCGCCUCAUUCCAGGUUCUACACCGCCCGUGCGCCCAACCUAUCGCAUGAGCACCGCUGAACUUUUGGAGCUACGCCGACAACUUGAUGGCCUUCUUGAGAAGGGUUUCAUCCGCCCAAGCACCUCGCCAUACGCUGCCCCCGUACUUUUCACUCGCAAGAAGGAAGGUGACCUGCGUCUUUGCAUCGACUACCGCGCCCUCAACGCCAUCACGAUCAAGAACAAGUACCCGCUGCCCCGUGUCGAGGAGUUGUUUGACAUGCUUGGGGAAGCAACGGUUUUCAGCAAGCUUGACCUACGCUCCGGCUACCACCAGAUCCGCCUCGCCGAAGACGACAUCAACAAGACGGCGUUUCGAACCCGCUACGGCCACUUCGAGUUCCGAGUACUUCCGUUCGGUCUCACCAACGCACCAGCCACGUUCAUGGGACUCAUGAACGAUAUUUUUCGGCCCUUCCUCGACCGCUUUGUCAUCGUGUUCCUCGAUGACAUCCUCAUCUUCAGCAAGUCACUCGAGGAACACGCUCAGCACCUACGCAUCGUCCUCGACACGCUCCGCCAACACCGCCUCUACGCCAAGCUCUCCAAGUGCACCUUCGCCCGUUCAAGCAUCGGCUUUCUUGGCCACGUCAUCAGCUCCAAAGGCAUUGCUAUGGACCCCACAAAGGUCCAGUGCCUUGCUGAUUGGCCAGCACCACGCACGGUAGCGGAGCUGCAAAGUUUCAUCGGCCUCGCCAAGUAUUACCGAAAGUUCAUCUUCAACUUCUCUCACAUCUGCGCUCCGUUGACCGAUCUCUUCCGCCAAGGAGCUGUUUUUCAGUGGGGACUACCGCAGCAGACCGCUUUCACCGCAAUCAAAUCGGCACUCACCUCUGCACCGGUCCUAACCGUUGCUGAUCCAUCACGGCCAUACUUCAUAUGGACCGACGCCUCCGAUGUCGCUGUUGGUGCCAUUCUUUGCCAAGACCACGGACAUGGGAUGCAGCCACUCGCAUUCGAGUCACGCAAGCUUCAACCGGCAGAGCGCAACUACGCAACACACGAUCGGGAGCUCCUUGCCAUUGUCCAUGCAAUCAAGACAUGGCGACACCGACCAUCGCCCACAUCAACACUUGAAAACGCAGCCCGUGCUCAGCCGCCGCCAAGCCCGAUGGGUUGA